CUAUCUAUUGACAAGUUUGAGAAACUAUAAGAUCUCCCUAGUUACCGACAAAAUAUGACACAUAGUGCAAGUGUCAACAACUUGACAAGUGUAAACGUCAAAACUAUUUUCAUCAAUGGAUAUAUCCACCAUGGAUGAUGAGGAAUACUUAGAAGAAGAUGAUGGCCCAGAAUUACUUAUAAAUUUUCCUCCCGAAGUACAAGCAGCAAUUGAACAAGUGUUACCAUCAAAUGAUCCACUUGAUCAACCAAAUUUUAACGCUGUAGAUUAUAUAAAUACAUUAUUUCCCACAGAACAGUCUUUAUCAAACAUUGAUGAUGUAAUUUCGAAAAUGGAAUUAAAAAUUCGUUCGAUUGAUGAUGAAAUUAGUACAGUAGUCCGUGGUCAAACAACGUCUCAUCAAGAUGGUAGAUUAGCGUUAGAGCAAGCACAACGAGUUAUACGUCAAUUAUUUGUACAAGUUAAAGAUAUUAAAACCAAAGCUGAAAAGUCUGAAGAAAUGGUUCGUGAAAUCACACGAGAUAUUAAGCAAUUAGAUUGUGCUAAACGAAAUUUAACUGCAGCUAUUACAACCCUGAAUCAUUUACAUAUGCUUGUAGGUGGUUUGGAUAGCUUGAAAUCGUUAACACAAAAACGAUUAUAUGGGGAAAUUGUUCUUCCUUUACAAGCUAUUAGUGAAGUUAUGGCUCAUUUUCAAAAUUAUAAUGACAUUCCUCAAAUACAAGACUUAUCACAGCAAGUUGCAAAAAUUCAUGUAGAAUUAGCUGAACAAAUUACGAAAGAUUUCCAUGAAGCAUUUGCUGGACCAAAUGCUAAAAGUUUUGUUCCUAAUAAACAAUUAGCCGAAGCUUGUAAUAUUGUCUCGAUACUUGAUCCAAAAGUGAAACGAGAUUUAUUAAAAUGGUUUAUCAAUCUACAACUACAAGAGUAUAUCCAUUUGUUCCAAGAAAAUCAAGAUACCGCUUGGCUAGAUAAAAUCGAUAAACGUUAUGCUUGGAUAAAACGACAUUUACUGGAAUUCGAAGAUAAAUUUGGUGCAAUGUUUCCCGUAAAUUGGGAAGUAUCUGAACGAAUAACAGUCGAAUUUUGUCGAAUAACACGAGAUGAAUUAUCAAAAAUCAUGCAGAAACGAAAAACUGAGAUUGAUAUUAAAUUAUUAUUAUACGCAAUACAACGAACGAGUAAUUUUGAAAAUUUACUAGGUCGACGAUUUACCGGUGUAACUUUGGAAGAAAGCUCGGAUAAAGUUCGAAAGACUUCACAGAUUCAAGAAUCUGCAGCAUCUAACGUGCCUAACGAUAAUAAAAUUAUUUCACCUUUUGAUGGUUUAAUUGGACAAUGUUUUGAGCCAUAUUUGUAUAUUUAUGUAGAAAGUAUUAAUAGAAAUUUAGCGGAUUUAAUUGAUCGAUUCGUUCAAGAUGCAAAACAAGUUCCACCUGGACAAAUUGAAUCGAGUGAUGGUAGUUCGAUGGUGUUACCAUCUUGUGCUGAUCUUUUUGUAUUUUAUAAGAAAUGUAUGGUGCAAUGUACGCAAUUGAGUUGUGGACAAUCAAUGUUAGAUUUAGCAGCGAUUUUUCAGAAAUAUUUAAAAGAAUACGCAAUUAAAUUACUUCAAAAUAAUUUACCUAAAAUUGGAAACAAUUCUCAAACUAUAGGAAGUAGUGUUUCGUCUAUAACCAGAGACUUACAAAAUUUAUCAACAUCAGGUCUAAUACAAAAUUUUAGUAGUUUAUUAAAAGAAGGUGAUAUUACACGAUUUACGAAAGAGGAGCAAACUCGAAUAUGUUGUAUUUUACAAACAGCGGAAUAUUGUUUGGAAACUACACAACAAUUAGAAGAAAAAUUAAAAGAAAAAAUUGAUUCUGCUUACAAAGAUCAAAUUAAUUUAUCACAAGAGCAAGAUAUUUUUCAUACAGUUAUAUCAAAUUGUAUACAAAUAUUAGUGCAAGAUUUGGAAUCAGCAUGUGAGCCAGCAUUAAUUGCCAUGAUUAAGAUUCAGUGGCAAAACAUCGAAUGUGUUGGUGAUCAAAGUACUUACGUGAAUGCAAUUACAUCACAUCUCAAACAAACGAUACCAAUUCUACGCGAUAAUUUAUCAUCAUCACGAAAAUAUUUCACACAAUUUUGUAUCAAAUUUGCAAGUUCAUUUAUACCAAAAUUUACACAAAACAUUUACAAAUGUAAGCCAAUAAAUACGGUGGGCGCUGAACAAUUAUUAUUGGAUACACAUAUGUUAAAAACUGUACUUAUCGAUUUACCAUCAAUUGGAUCACAAGUGGAUCGCAAAGCGCCACCACCCUACACAAAAGUUGUCAUAAAAGGGAUGACCAAAGCUGAAAUGAUUUUAAAAGUUGUGAUGUCACCAACAGAUCCAAUUGAUUCGUUUGUCAAUCAAUAUCUAAAAUUAUUACCAGAAUCUCAAUUAAGUGAAUUUCAGAAGAUUUUAGAUAUGAAAGGAUUGAAGAAAAGUGAACAAAUCAUUUUAAUCGAAACUUAUAAAUCCAAACAUCCGGGUAAUUCCUUAUCGGAUAAUCAUACGAAUAAUAUUGAUCUAUCAUUCCAAAGUCCUGAACAUGAGGCAGGACGUAUUAGAAAAUUAGAGAAGUUAAUUAAAAAACGUUUACCGAAUUAAAAUUAAAGUCCCAAAAAGUAGUUUUUAUAUUUAUUUCAUAUUGGUCUAAUUUGUAGGCCGUUUUAGGAAAUAUAUUUCUAUCUCCUAUUUCCUUGUUGUUGUCCUAUUUUCUUUGCCAUAUCAGCAACAUAAUUUAGAUUUUUUUGAAAGUUUAGAAAAUUUAAUUUCAA